CAGAACACACACUGACAAUAUUCAUCAGUAAAUUUAACCAGUGAUAUAUUUCUAUCCUGCUUCAAAACUCACACCAUUUCCAUUUUCAGCCGCGUGCUUAAACUGAUGAUACAAAUAUGGCAACCGAAUCUCUGAUGGUAUCCGAAUCGGUGGAUCCACUACAGUCGUUAUUUGGACCUUCUUUGUUCCCUCGAGCAAUUGUUAGGGCUCCGACGGAUCCCGCGAUGCCAUCUGACCCCAAAGAUCUGGAUUCAGUUCAUCACCUCAUGAAAUCCGUGGCAUUAAGCAGUCCUGAAAAGCUUUUGGAUGCGGGAAAGGCUAUUGUUGAUAGGGGUCCAGAGCUUCUGAACUCUGAGUUUGAAAAGUUUGCGAAAUCCAUUGGAAUUGAUAAAGAAGCUCUUCGUCCACGAGGCAAUGAAAAGCCUCAAGAAAGAAGGCCUGGCCUUGGUCGUCCACGGCCUCGAUUUUCUCUAAAGCCGAACACAAAUAAGCCUUCUGUGACUUUGGAGCCAAGUUGGGAUAUUGAUCGCCUUCAGGAUCCAGAAGAGUUUUUCUCUGCUUUUGAGAAAGCUGAAAAUGCUAAAAGAGAAAUACAAAGACAGGAGGGUGGAAUUAUGGAUGACUCUGAUAAGUAUGAUUCAUCCACUCGUAACCGUCCUCGUCGACCUGGAAUUUUAGGGAAAUCAGUCAGUUACAAACAUCGAUAUUCGUCAGUGUUUCUGGAGAGUGGUGACAAGCCUAUAUCGUCCCAGGGGACAGGGGGGCUGGAUCUUCUGGGUGCACCUGGUAAUGUUGCUGACACUGAAACACAAGAGACAGAUGUGGCUGUUUCUACAGGAUCAAUAACAAUGACUGAAAACAGAGUGAAUGGCAUUUUGGAUGAACUAAUCUCAAGAACCAGCCAAGAUCUAGAUGCGGAUGAGGCAUUGUCUCUCUUGCAAGAAAGAUUUAAGAUCAAACCUAUUGAUCUGGACAAAACAUGUGUUCCUCUUUUUCAGGAUAUUGGGAGGACUGAUUUCAUGGCACUGGGAGAAAAGGUCCCAAAUGUUAGGAAGACCUUAUCAAACAUAUCUAAUCUGGUCAAACCAUUAAGUGGGGAAACAACUGUUAAUUGUGAAAAAGCAGCAGAGAUUUCCAUCAGUCCUAUAGCUUCACCUACCCCACCAAAAAGUCCAUUUGCCUCAAUAUCUUUGUUGAAAAAGCGCAGUACAUAUUCCAAUUCACUGAGGGACCCGUUUUCUCCUUUUAGUGUUGAUUUAUUGGAGCCUAGAAAUCCAGCAGGAUCUCAAACUGACUUGGCAGAUAAAGGCAGUGGCAGUGCAUUACUUGAAAGCUCUAGUGAAUGCAACACAUGUAGGGGUGCAGAAACAUUGCUUGAAAACUCUAAUGAGCGCAACACAAGUAGGGGAGCAGAAAGUAAUGAUUCAGCAGAUGGAACAGACAAACAAAUAGAGAAAGAUGGAGAUAAGUAUGAAUCUGCAGGACGAUCUGUUAAAACGAAUUCCCAUGGUCAUGACUCCACACCAGUUGGUAUUGACGCUGGUCUUCACAUGCAUGCAUCUGUUGAGGUUGAAGGUAUACAAUCCAAAGUUGCCAUCCCUGCUCGUCCAGAUGCGAACAUGGACAAAUCACCAGUCAUGAUUAAUAUGCAUGGAAGUCAGCCUCUCUCUGAUCAACUAAAUACAGCUGCAAUUGAAGACAAUACUGUAGUUAUUCCCUCAACAACAGCAGAGAUUAAUGCAAAGAAAAAUUCUGAGAACCUUCCAGCCAAGGAGCAAGGGAGGACAAAAAGACCAUGGCGUGAAAUUCAUGAAUUGAAAGCACUUGCUCGUAGGAAAAGCAUUCAAGAAGCUGGCACUUCAUUUGAAUCUGGGGUAAGGAGAAGCAAGAGAAUCAAGACUAGACCUUUAGAGUACUGGAAAGGCGAAAGAUUUUUAUAUGGUCGUGUGAAUGAGAGUGUGAAGCUGAUCGGACUGAAGUACAUAUCUCCUGCUAAAGGUGAUGGACAAUUGAAGGUGAAAUCUUAUGUGCCGAAUGAGAUUCUUGAAGUUGCAGCUCGUCUAUGACUUUAGCUUCAUUCCAACAUUCUUUCGGAAAGGGAUGUAUUCUGUCUCAAUCAGAAUUUGCUUUGGCUUAAUCUCUCUCCUCAAAUUGUGUAGUGGCUAUCAACAGUCUGAGUUGAUGUAAUGAUAGGUUAGAAUUUUUUCUAACCUCAUGCAUCUUGUGCUUGUUUUUUAUUGAUGGGGCAUACUGUGGUGGUACUUGGUCGCUGUUUUGCUGUUUAAGAGUACAGGAUAUUGCCACCUCUGCACCCUAUCAUAUUGGCUAUCCCACCAGUCAAGUAGCUACGACGGUAUGAGAUUUGUUUCACUGUACUUUAUCAUUAAAUUACAGUUUAUAUGAUGUGCAUAUUAAAUUUCCAUUGUA